UAAAGUCCAGUUCGGUUCAAAUAAUCCUGUAAUGUAAAUCAUUUUAAUUGUAAAUGUCAUAUGGAUUUAAGUUGAUUGCAAAGAUAAGAUGUGUACUGCAAACGGUUUUAUCUUGACUCAUACAAACGACGCAUUCCAAAAGUCGCUUUGUACAUAGCUUCUAUAUCUCUGCACUAUAUCGAUUCGGCAGUGCCGAAGUUCACUGAAUCUGUUGACGAACGAAAAAAAAUUUAAUUAGUGCCGUUUUGGAGUGAGCACUGAGCACUGACAAAUAUAGUAAAACUGAUUUCAUUCCAUCUGAGUUGUUCAAUAUUUCGGUUGCUUUUAAAACGAUCACACGUGAAGUAUAUCUCAUAGCUCUUGUGUGAAAAAAUCGAUUGCUAUUUUGUUUAAUCUAGUUUUGACUUUGGAAUUCAGAAAUGUUUAUCAUCGGAAUCUAAACUGGACAGUGGACACGCUUCUGUAUUUACUUGAGUAAAUUUAGUGAAUUUUUUGCGUUUGAAUUCGCCCAAAACUGAAUUACGGUCGAUGAAGGACCCAUAAUUUACUGUUGCAAAAAAGUGUUCCGACUCAUAAAAUUAUAACAAUUAGCAUGGUCAUCGUGCAUAUUUAGGAGCGCAUUAGAUUUAUAAACGGUUUGUGUUGCUAAAAAUAAAACUCGAAUUCGAAAUAAAUACGAGCGUUCCACGCAAAUUGUGCUUUUUCUAAAUUCUCCGUUGGAAUAUUUACAUCUUGUUCUAUACUACUGUACAAUAUUUACACUUCGAAAAUGGUCGAGUCCGGUUUGUCUGAGAUUCCAAGCGAAUUGAUCCAUACAACGGUCAAAGAAUUCGUUGAGCAUCAGUUGAAUUCGAAACAGUACACAAUCAAGUGUAGCUCAGCAUCACAAUCAGGAGAAAAUAAUUUCAUUGGCAUUGUUUAUCGUGUGACAUUUGGUAAAGAUGAUAAAACCGAAAAUGGAACCACCAACCAAGGUUCAAAACUAAUUCUCAAAGUUUCACCACAAAAUUUGGCAAGACGUGAACAAUUCAUAUCAAGGCCAUGCUUUUUGCGGGAAAUUUAUAUGUACAAUGAGGUGUUGCCGUUUUUCCGCCAAUUUGAAGAGUCAAGGGGUGUAAUUCUUGAUGAUAAUGGUUUCAUUGAAUACCCCAAAUGCUAUCGAACCGUUGAUAAAGAGCUUGAUGAGUGUAUAUUGCUCGAGGAUUUGAGUGUUCGAGGUUUCAGUAUCGUCGAUCGAUUCACUGAGGAUAUUACUGCUGAUCAUGUUCGUUUGGUCAUGAAAGCGUUGGGCAAGUUACACGCACUUUCGUUUGCCUUGAAAGAUCAACAGCCGGCCAAAUUCAAAGAACUCACUUCAAAUCUUAGCGAGCAUUUUAUUCGUAGAAAUGAAGACCUUAUGCGAGGAUACUUUGCAAAACAAGCAGAAAGUGCUUCCAGUGUGUUGUCCGAAGAGGAACAUGGCCCCAUAAUAGCCAAAGUGAAGAAAUUGUUUGAAACAAGCGCUAUAGAUGUGGCAGCUGAUUGCCUUGAUUUAGAAGCAACUGGGUCUGCUUCGGUCAUAGCUCAUGGAGACGCGUGGCAGAACAAUACGAUGUUCAGAUACGACCAAAAUGGUAAACCAAUCGAAGUUAGCCUCUUGGAUUGGCAAGUAUCACGCCAGUCAUCACCAAUCAUUGACAUUGUUUACUUUGUGUUCUGUUGCACUACAAAAGAGCUGCGUGACGCUCAUUACGAUGAUUUCCUGAAAGUUUAUCACGAGAGUCUAUCGACACACAUUCGAAAACUCGGCUCAGACCCGGAGAAACUCUUCCCGGAAAAAUUGAUGCAGGAACACUUCCGUAAAUUUGGAAAAUUCGGAUUGGUUUUGGCAGCAAUAUUGCUACCGUUGCUCACCAAAGAUAGUGGAAAAGAAGUAGAUUUGGACGGAAUUGCCGAUGGUAUUAAGACCGGGCAAGUGGAUUUGGAUACAAAUAUUUUCAUGACCGAUUCAUCAACUAGGCGAUUCAAUAAACGUUUACGGGAUGUUGUUAUUGAUAUGGCUCGAUUGGAAUACAUCUAAAAUCAAAAAGUCUCAUAUGCAGCAAUAACUAUUCAAAAAUUAUGCCAUAUCUUUUAUACUCUCAGUUGAUGUUAAUAAAUGUGCCCGUUUUCUCAAUUGAAAAUUUAGAAUAAAUGUUCGAUCAAUUAACACAAUGAUUGAAUAAAUUACCGCUUAUUUCCGAAGGUUAACUCCAUUUCAACUGAUUCUGAUGAUUCAAUGGAAUCGAAUUUAGUUUGUGCUUGCAUUAAUUUUGAUUUAUUUGCAACUAUCGCACUAAUUGCACCAUGAACACAAGAUGAUUUAUAGAAAAUGUGAAUAGUAAUUAAAAACCAAUUAAAUAUUACUACUGAGUUUCGUUGUAAAUUAAUUUGAAUUGUAUACAAAUCUGAUUUGCUAUCUCACGUUUGUAUCAUUCUAAAGAAAUUUCAUAUGCAAAUUAUAAAUCCAUACAAUAUAUGCAUAUGUUUGACUCUGAAGCGAACUUUUACAUCGCAAUUACAACGCCGCAUCCAGCUAAACUUGUUGAAUCAACAAUGUUGAUAAUCCAAUUUUAGGCUGUGCUAACGAUAGAGCAAGCAGCAUUCAAAUAUUACUAUGGCUUUUUUGAAAUUGAUUUGCUUUACACAAAAAUGUAAUAUUACGUUUUUUUUUCAAAUUCCCAUGGUCAUCAAAUUUCUCCAGUUCUCUUUGUUUAUGUGUUACUAUUUUUAGUCGAAUUAUGAUUUCACGUGUUGACCUCGUUAUUAUUGACCAAAUUCUAUCGAUUCAAAACACUGUUCAUCCUAUUGUAUUUCAUUGAAAAGCAAAUUUUGCAUAUUCAAAAUUCCAAAUGGAACGUAAAGUAUGUCAGCUGUGAAUUUGGAAUGACUCAAAGCAAAUAUCCAAUGCGCAAUUUUCCAUAAUUCUCACUAAGGAUUUCUUAGCUAUUUUGAAAAUCUCGACCAAACGAACUUCACUUUGAGUUUAAUUGGUUAUCGUCUCAUUGAUGAAUGCUUCAAUUACAACAAGUUGAAUGAUUUUUAAUUGACCAGAGAAUUUGUGUUUUAAGAAUUCUGCGUAGAUGGACCAAAUUAUAACAAUGUACAUUUUGAAUAAUAGAUUUUUUAUUGAUCGUUCUGUGUAAAAUACAUUCUUUAAAU